UUUUAACCCUUUUGAUCUUCCGACUUUCAAUAUUUCAUUCAGAUUUGUAAACUAAGAGGCUGAGCUUUGUGUUGAGGUGGGAGGAGAAUCUGGGGGGAAGCCAGAGGAGUGGAGGAUCAACGUGUGGCUGUCGUUGAAACACAAGUGCCCACUGAGUGUUGGAUUUAAUUCCUCAACUAAAUUUUUCUUUCUUUCCUUGUCAUAAGUUUACUAGUGUUUUGUCCUUCUUUAAGAUAUUUUGCCUGGCUUUGCCUUCUUUCUGCUUUGGUUCACAUAUUUUCGUCUCUCUCUCUCUCUCUCUCGCCCCCUCUCUCCACCGUUACUUUUCCUUUUUAUUUUCCCAAGAGCCCAGGUGGGCAAACCCUGUUUUAAAGCUAAAAAGCUCCAUCUGGGUCUCCAAUGGCAAGUUGGGUUUUAACAGAAUGUGGGUUAAAGCCCCUUCCGCCAACAUUCCCUCGACCCAGAAUUGGAGCUGUUACGUGUAAGAGCUCAAAGGUUAGAUUUUUAAACGCAAACAAUGGUGUGAAUGAAACAGAUCUGAAAUUUCAGACAAGAGGCUUAACUGGUAACUUUAGAGAGAGAAGAAGCUGGGAAUUGAGAGUGAGUGCUCCUUUGAGAGUUGCUUCCAUUGAAGGAGAGAAUGAAGAAAGCAAAGAGACAAUCAACGUGCAGUUUAAUGGGGUCACCCAGGAAGAACCAGAAUUCGAUCCUGGGGCUCCACCACCAUUCAAAUUGGCAGAUAUCAGAGCAGCCAUUCCAAAACAUUGCUGGGUGAGGGACACAUGGAAGUCGAUGAGUUAUGUUGUGAGAGAUGUGGUCAUGGUUUUUGGAAUGGCUGCUGCUGCUGCUUAUUUAAACAACUGGCUGGUUUGGCCUCUGUAUUGGGCUGCCCAAGGAACCAUGUUCUGGGCUCUGUUUGUUCUUGGACAUGAUUGUGGUCAUGGAAGCUUUUCAAACAAUCCCAAGCUGAACAGUGUGGUCGGUCAUCUUCUGCAUUCUUCAAUCCUUGUACCGUACCAUGGAUGGAGAAUCAGUCACAGAACUCACCACCAAAACCAUGGUCAUGUGGAAAAUGAUGAAUCUUGGCACCCGCUGCCUGAGAAAAUAUACAAGAACUUGGAUAAUUUGACCAAGACUCUGAGAUUUACUGUACCAUUUCCAAUGCUUGCAUAUCCUUUCUACCUCUGGAGCAGAAGUCCAGGAAAGACUGGUUCUCACUUUGACCCAAACAGUGACUUGUUCGUUCCCAAUGAAAGAAAAGAUGUUAUCACUUCUACUAUUUGUUGGACCGCCAUGGCUGCUUUGCUUGUAGGCUUAGGAUUUGUGAUGGGUCCAAUUCAGUUGCUCAAGCUUUACGGCAUUCCUUACUGGAUUUUUGUGAUGUGGCUGGAUUUCGUGACUUACCUGCAUCACCAUGGACAUGAAGACAAACUACCAUGGUAUCGUGGAAAGGAAUGGAGCUACCUAAGAGGUGGACUUACAACUCUUGAUCGUGAUUAUGGUUGGAUUAACAACAUCCACCAUGACAUUGGAACCCAUGUCAUUCAUCAUCUCUUUCCUCAAAUUCCACACUACCACUUGGUAGAAGCAACUGAGGCUGCAAAGCCGGUACUCGGAGAAUAUUUCCGUGAACCAAAGAAAUCAGGACCUCUUCCCUUUCACCUAAUUGGAGAUCUGGUAAGAAGCUUGAAGAAAGACCAUUUUGUUAGCGACACAGGGGAUGUUGUAUACUACCAAACAGACCCUAAGGUCGCUGGCUCUUCUUCUUCUUCUUCAUCAUCAUCAAAGUAGAAGCUUUAAACAGUUUUCCCACUUGAAACAAACAAGGCAAUAUGAGAGGCAACAGAAGAAGUAUGUGAUAUAUAUGACACAGCUCCUUAACUCUGAAGAAAUUAACUUCGGAGAUUGUCUCACUGUCGGAGUUUGUAAUUUCUUGGAAUUGCGAAGAGCUAACUUGUUCCUUAAUGGAUAAAAGAGAGUAGGUGCUUGUUGCCUGACACGUUUGAUAGUGAUUGUCUGCUGCUGAAGAUUAAGCAGAGUGUAUCUACCUGUUAUUGUAGUUUCUUCUUUGAGAGUGAAGAAUACUUGUAAAUUGGUUAUUCUUGAUGAAGUGGUUUAUCUUCAUCAAAUUGAUGAUGUAUUUGCGUAAGUUUAAA